UAUAAGCCACCAAAUUGUACAUUUUGAAAGUGUGCAUUUUAUGGUAGGUGGAUUACGUAUUGAUUUUUCAGAAAACAGAAGCAGGAACAUACAAGGGGCCCAGAAGGUUGAGACUAAUGUGGACGCUAGGGCAGAAGCACAGAUAAAUUCGACUGUGAGCUUCCUGGCAUCUGGACCAAAAAGGGAGAAGCAUCCUCCCGGAGGAGGAAAGGGCCAGCUCCAAAGGAAGGCCAACUCUCCCACAGUUUCACUCUAAGGUCCAUUGGAUUUAAGUUGUGAAUUCUCGCUGGACACCAGGAAAUGUGGACAUGCUGGUUGGGAGAUAAGAAGACUGCAGCCAAAAGAAGGACCAUGGCUUUGGAAGGUGGAGUCCAGGCUGAGGAGCCUCUCUGGAUGUAGGAAGCGCAGUCGGGCAGCCAUGGAGUGGGACAAUGGUACAGGCCAGGCCCUGGGCUCCUCGCCCACCACCUGUGUCUACCAAGAGAACUUCAAGAGACUGCUCCUGCCACCCGUGUACUCAGUGGUGCUGGCAGCUGGCCUGCCCCUGAACGCCUGUGUCAUUGCCCAGAUCUGCACCUCCCGCCGGGCCCUGACCCGCACAGCCGUGUACACCCUGAACUUGGCCCUGGCUGACCUGCUCUAUGCCUGCUCCCUGCCCCUGCUCAUCUACAACUACGCCCAGGGGGACCACUGGCCCUUUGGCGACCUCGCCUGUCGCCUGGUCCGCUUCCUCUUUUAUGCCAACCUCCAUGGCAGCAUACUCUUCCUCACCUGCAUCAGUUUCCAGCGCUACCUGGGCAUCUGCUACCCGCUGGCCCCCUGGCACAAGCGUGGGGGCCGCCGCAUGGCCUGGCUGGUGUGCGGGGCCGUGUGGCUGGCCGUGACAACCCAGUGCCUGCCCACAGCCCUCUUCGCCGCCACCGGCAUCCAGCGUAACCGCACCGUCUGCUACGACUUGAGCCCACCGGCCCUGGCCGCCCGCUAUAUGCCCUAUGGCAUGGCCCUCACCGUCAUCGGCUUCCUGCUGCCCUUCAUCGCCCUGCUGGCCUGCUACUGCUGCCUGGCCCGCCGUCUGUGCCGCCAGGACGGACCAGUGGGGCCAGUGGCCCGGGAACGGCGCGGCAAGGCGGCCCGCAUGGCCCUGGUGGUGGCAGCUGCCUUUGCCAUUAGCUUCCUGCCCUUCCACAUCACCAAGACCGCCUACCUGGCAGUGCGCUCCACAGCCGGUGUCCCCUGCCCGGUGCUGGAGACCUUUGCCGCCGCCUACAAGGGCACGCGGCCCUUUGCCAGCGCCAACAGCGUGCUGGACCCCAUCCUCUUCUACUUCACUCAGAAGAAGUUCCGCCGGCGGCCACAGGAGCUGCUCCAGAAACUCACAGCCACGUGGCAGCGACAGGGUCACUGAGUCCGCUGGGACAGGACACCUGGGGCCUGGGCACCAGAAGCCCCUCCAACCCCAAACCAGGCAGAGAAUUAGAGCUUAGCUCAGCUGGGCAUGGAGUGAGGUCCCCCACAGACUCCAGAAUCUCACCAAUGACUAUUCCUUGAGCCCAUGCUCUGGACCUGUGGGCACAGAGAGACAGGCUUGAACCUGGCCUUCCAGAAGGUGCCAGUCAGCCCCCCGGGGAGUCAGGGAAGCUGCCAGAAGCUGUUCGCAAAAAUACGGCAUAACACGUACUGUAAUUGAGGAGUGUGCUGGAUGCUUUGGAGUCAGCAGUAUAGGGACUGAGGGAAGAUUGGAGGAGGAGGUAAGAAGCUCUGGAAAGGAGUGUUCUAGCUGGACUUUGAUGGGUUGAGUAUGAGCUCUCUGGAGGUGUGUGAUGGUCCCUUCAUUCAGCGCACCUUUACCUACACCUUGUCCUUGGGCCUGGCUUGAUUCGGGGGCACUGGGAGAACAAGUCCUAGCCCUGCCCCAUAUAGGCUCCCAACUACUGGGCUUACAGACACUUAACACAAUGAUGUCAAGGCUGGGACAGAUAAAUAGAGAAUGCCCAUGAUCCAGUCCAAGGAGACAGGAAAGAUCUCUUGGGAUGGGAUG